GGCUGCAAGUAGGAAGACACCUGCUUUCUCCCAUGGAUUUAUUUUUAUGGCCUGAAUUUCCAGUCGAACACGAACAUCGUGCUUUCAUCUCUCCUUAGCCAGAGAGGGCACACCGUGCAGGUGCUAGUUCACCUCUACGUUUGGACUAUAGUCCCGGCCACAAACAUGUCCGGCGAAAGCAUAUCGGAGGCCGCCAGAGAACGUGAAACCUUCAGACAUGACCCAAGCUUGUUCUCAGAUAUCAGGUCCACAUGUUUACUCGAGCCAACUGCUACCUUGGAGCUUUCUACGAGAGCAGACCCAAUUCUGACAGCUCUCGCGCAGCUGGGUGUUUGCCGCACAAAAGCAUCACGGGCUUUUAUAUCUCUCUUCGACCGGGCACAUCAAUAUGUCAUCGCAGAAAGCACCAAGAGUUCGUCUUUACGCACUGAUCCUAGCACUCUAGGCGGACAAGAACCAUUAUGGCUUUGGGGAACAGCUAUACCUCGGAGCAAUGGUAUUUGUUCGAAAUUUCUAAACACGGUAAAAUCUGACGAAAAUGACAAAGAGAUCGCCGAACUGCCGGUGAGCAUCAUACGUGAUAUUCGUCAACAUCCAGAAGUAUCACAGGAAACUUGUAUCUUAUGGGACUCCCCAGUGCGCGGGUAUGUGGCAGUACCCAUUCGAAGCCGAAAUGGUAUAGACUUUGGGGAGUUUAGUGUUGUAACAGAACAGCCCAUACAAGACUGUGACUGGGGCGAGGAACAGUUCAGACUGCUUCGGGAGAUAUCUCUAUCCAUAUUGGACCACUUGCUAUCGAAAGCUUCGCAAACUGAGAGGAGGAGGGCCGAAAAGAAGACUCAGGGCAUUGGGACCUUCGUUGAGCAGAGGCUGGCCUCAAUGAAUUCGCAGCAGGGUUCAUCAUAUGAUAAAGAUCACGAGAAUCCCUUCACAAGAGACAUGAUAAACCCCAAGAGUAUAGGAGCUCCCAACAACAACGGAAACGGAAGCUCGAAAUAUACGCCAUCACCCCCGAAGCUAGGCCCAAUUCCCGAAGGCCCUAGGAGGUCGCCUCGCUCAACAGGGAGAAAUUCUCCUUCAAAGGAGGAGGAGGACCCUUUAACGACGGUUUUCACUAGGGCAUCAAAUACAAUUCGAGAGAGUAUCGAAGCGGAUGGUGUGAUCUUCCUCGAUGCUAGCGCAGGGUUAUUUAGCCCGUUUGGAUCUCAAUAUACAGGAAGUGAUGCAUCACAAUUCAACACGUCUGAUGAGGAGUCCUGGGACAGUGACAACACGGCGUCGAGCAGUAUGAAUCAAGAUACUCAUAUAAUAGCCUCUUCGCCGCUGCAGUAUCCCAGAGUUGACAAAGAAACGCAUCAGUCGACGAAUAAGAGAUUGCCCUUCAAGGCCUUAUCGGCCCUCUUGAGGCGCUACCCUUCAGGCGCCGUCAUGGAUUUUGACGAAAAUGGUCAACUUCAGCCUAGCUCUGGAGACAGCAAGCCUCAGUGUCCUACAGUUGCUACUGGAAGCGCUCCUAAGCUGACGAAGAGACGCACAUCUUCAUUUAUCGGCAAUUUAGGGAAUGAGGUAUCAAAGGCUUUCCCUGGAGCUCAAAGCGUGGCAUUCGUUCCUGUUUGGGAUCAAGUCCGCAAAAGGUGGCGCGCCGGAUGCUUUGCGUAUACCUUUGACAGGACGCGUUUCUUCAGGGCUCAAGAUUUAAGCUAUCUUUUUGCAGUCUCUACUCUUGCAAUAGCGGAGAUCUCCAGUCUUGAAACGAACCUGGCCCACCAAGCUCAGUCGGAUGUCCUGGGUUCACUAUCACAUGAGUUACGAUCACCUCUCCACGGCAUAAUCCUCGGUGUCGAGUUCUUGUCGGAUACGUCAUUGAGUGUCUUUCAAGGUAAUUUGCUACACAUCCUCGAGACGUGUGGGCGAACACUCUCAGAUACAAUUGAUCACUUGCUGUACUACGCCAAAGUCAACAACUUUAUCCCACCAGGUAAAACGCAUGACUCGAGGGCUCGAGGACUUCGAAAGGAGAUGAAUUACAGCUUGCAGGCUGGAAUGAGAUCAAUAACUACACCUGUACGACUUGAUGUUUUGGUGGAAGAUGUCACCGAGAGCAUAUUCGCCGGAUUCAAUUUUCAGCGCCUGUCUAUUGGACAAUUUGAACGAGGCCGCCAAAAGUCUCAAGCGGACGUUUAUGCCAUGCGGCGGGAUGACAGUUUCCAAGCCACAGAGGACCUCAAAGAUUGGAUAGAGGAUGGUGGCGAUGUCGCUAAUCUUGCAACUAAAUUCCGUAAAAUCGAUCUCGCCAUUGAUGUCAAUUGCUCUCAUUACUACCAUGCAAUAUCUGGUGCUAUACGGAGGAUAGUGAUGAACUUAUUUGGGAACGCAUUGAAGUUCACCAGCUCGGGGAGCAUUCGAGUUGAAUUAUCGCAAGAGAUUGUCCCCACCAAGAAAGCCCGUAAUACAAGUGUGCGCUGGGUUAAGAUAGCCGUCACCGACACAGGUAAAGGCAUUUGCGAAGACUUUCUUGCAAACUCUCUCUUCAAGGAAUUUCAUCAAGAGAAUAACAUUAGUCCGGGGCUUGGUCUCGGCCUGUGUGUCGUGAAAAAAAUAGUCUCAUCUCUGAGAGGGAAGGUGAGCAUAGCCAGCAAGGUCGGCGUGGGGACCACGGCUACAGUGCUGCUCCCAUUACAACCCAUUGCCGAGCCUGAGUCAGACGAGUAUACGAAACAGAAGAGACAGCUCAAAGGACUUCGAGUAUGUUUUGUCGGAUUCGACGCACCAUUAGGUCUGCCGGGCCAGAAGGACCAGCCCAGUGACUACCAAUCCAUAUGGGACAUCUGUCGAAAACACUUGGCCAUGGAAAUCGUGCUGCCGAGCCAAGCUGUGUAUAUAGCACCCGAUAUCGUGCUCUGCGAAGAGACAUCAUUGUAUGAUUCAUUCGUUGAAAGAGAUGCCUUGAGCAAGACACCACUCGUUGUCGUUUGUGGCAACGCUCUCGCUGCGUACCGCUUGUCUGUUGAUCCUAGGUUUCGCGACUCGUCAACUAUCACAGAGUUUAUUUCUCAACCAACCGGGCCUAGAAAGCUCGCCAAGAUUCUCCUGGCAGCAUUACAGCGAUGGGUAGAGAGACAAGAUCAGCCCGAGCCGCCCGAUAGCAACAUGGCAUCUCUCAGCCUGCGCCGAGUUUCUACCAGAAGUCAUGAAGAAUGCAACAUGCCAAUGUACCACAAAGAAACCUUCAAUAUCCUCAAUUUGACGGGACCAGGACCAUUCGAGGCCCCAGCAGCAGACCGGAGCGCACGUCCCCCCAGGUCUCCUUCACUGUCGCCACGUUCCAGUCUCAAGCCGGAGCCAGAGCCCUACGCCGAGUCGGCGGCGCUGGAACGGUACGAGCCGCAGAAGUUCCUCCUCGUAGAAGACAACGCGAUCAACAUGCGGAUCCUGUGCGCGUACAUGAAGAAGCUCGGGCGCAGCUACGUCACGGCGCAGGAUGGCCAGUAUGCUGUCGAAAAGUACGUCGCGAAGCCGGGCCACUUCAACUGUCUGCUCAUGGACAUCAACAUGCCGCGUCUCGACGGGCUCCAGGCGACUCGGCAGAUCCGCGAAUUCGAGGCCGCGAACCAUCUCCCGCCGUCCACCGUCAUCGCCCUAUCUGGCCUGGCCUCGGCGACUGUACAGCAAGAAGCGCUGGAAAGCGGCGUUGACCUCUUCCUGACGAAACCGGUCAAGCUGCAGGACAUAAGCCAGAUCCUGAAGUCGAUGGGUCUUAUGUGAGAUUUGUAAUUUGAAAUUCUCAGCAAAUAAUA